GUGUGCGCCGUUUCCGGUCCCCCCGUUCUGUUACGUGAAAGCUGGUUGUGUAAUUUCACUGUUUUGUCUGGGACAUUUAGGCGACAGAGACUCUCUGCAGCGGGCACACAGUUCAUCUGGAAGACUCCCAACAUCACAGAUAAGAAGGUUGAAAUGUUGUCUGCUGUGGUUUCUAAAAGACUGGUGGCAGGGUUGUGCCGUGGAGCAUGGAGACCUGCAGUCACAGGGCUGGUAUCAUCUCGUGGUUAUCGUGGAGAAGCGCCAGAUGACACCAGGGGCGACCUGAUCGAGAUCCCUCUGCCGCCUUGGGAGGAGAGGCCCGGUGAACCCACCGACAUCAAGAGGCGCCGACUGGUGUAUGAGAGUCGCAAGAGGGGCAUGCUGGAAAACUGCAUCCUGCUCAGCCUGUUUGCAAAACGUUACCUCAACACGAUGAGUGAGAUCCAGCUGCAGCAAUACGACAGACUGAUCAACGAACCAAGCAAUGACUGGGACAUUUACUACUGGGCAACAGAAGCCCAGCCCACACCUGAAGUGUAUCAGGGGGAGGUCAUGGACAUGCUGAAGGAGUUCACAAAGAAUCGCAACCAAGAGCAGAGGUUAGAUGCUCCCAACCUGGAGUACCUGGACAAGGAAAGCCAGUGAGGUCCACAGACCUUUAGACCUUCUCAGAGACUCAUUUUAAGGUUAGACACUAUCUGAAAUAUCAGUGUCAUGACCCGAGAGGAACAUCUUUCAGAAUUCUGCUGUGUUUAUCCUGCAUGCUAUCCAAGGCUUUACACAUCUCCAUGAAAUACUGCGACCAUAAAAAGCCUCAGCUCACUCUUUCAGAAGAUUCUGUAAAAGCUGAGGUUUGUGGGAUAAGCAAAAAUUAAUGCAAUAUCAGGAAGGUGUUCUGAAUAUUCUGCAUUAAUUGAAUUGUAAAUUUGUGAUUAAAGACUGUAUGUUAACGUGCUCAGGGUGUGAGAUGCAUACUGAAUAAGCCAGCUGUGAAGAAGAGUUACAAGCUAAUUAUGUGUGUAUAUACCAAACAAUGAAACAGAAAUGUCAUCGACUCACUCAUUAGCUUAGCUUGUUGAGUUGUCAUGGUUUUCUCACGCUCAAUCAUUUUACUGUGCCUAUAUUACAGACACUAUGAGUUAUUUAAUAAAUGUUGGUGCUCUCUUA